AGGUUUACUCCUUCGGCUAGUCAUGUCAUUGAGAAGACAAACAGUAUCAUUAGAAUGAUUAUAGCCAUAAGGUAAUGGAGACACGUGCAUAAUACCGAAUUAAUAUAUAUGGUGUUUAUAAAAGUCUACCGUUCUUCGAAGGAGCUUCCUCGGACUAUUCACGUGGAAUUGUUUGUACUAUUACAAGGGGUUUGUUUUGGGUGUCGUCAAAUAUGAAGACUAGCGGAUCAUUAACAGGUGUGACCAGUGCUCUGGUUUUGGUGCUGAUUUUGCAGACUGUUUAUAUAGAAUGUGUGUAUCGGGAAUUGAAUCUUCAUAUUAAUACUGUUCACAAAUGGGCAAAUAAUUUGACAGAUUAUUUAUUGAGUAUAUCAGAUACAGUAACCGGAGCUGGUUAUAUAGAAGCAUAUCACAAGACAAAACCUAGCAAUGAAUUAAAGGUUGAGAAAAAGAAUGUUAAAGAGAUUUUAGCGACAGUAAAAAAUAAUAUUGAGUUGAUGUUGAAAAAGAAAAUAGAUGCUGUAGAGAAUUUAAUGAAAGCAUCGGAAGAAGCGAGCAAGAAAUACGGACCAUACAAUAGCGAUUUAGAAUCAGAGGAAGUAGAAUAUUACAAUGCUAAGAAGCUGGUUAGUGAUGAUGAUAUAGAUGAUAUGGAUAAUGAAACAAGAGUAGCCAUAACACAAACCAUUCUAUAUCUGCCCUUGAAGAAAAGUCGACCGCAUAAUUUUAAUCCUGUCAACAUGAGUGUUAGUACCAUUCAUGUUCCAACAAAUAUAUAUGAUAAAUCAUCAAAGAUAUUGAAUGGUGUAAAAUGGACAGAGAAUUUAAACAAUGCCUUUAUGGACAAUAACCGCAAUGAUCCUACACUAACAUGGCAAUAUUUCUGUAGUUCUGAUGGAUUCUUUAGAAUAUUUCCUGGAAUGAAAUGGCCAAGAGAUCCAGACAGUGUUGAUACAUUUGACUGUCGAGUAAGAAAAUGGUACAUUGAAGCUGCUACAUCAUCUAAAAACAUCAUCAUACUAUUGGAUGCUAGUGGCAGUAUGAAAGGACUGCGCAUGGAUAUAGCUAGAAAUACUGUAGAUAAAAUCCUCGAAACAUUCAGCAAUGAUGACUUCUAUAAUAUUUUACAGUUUUCGGAAGAUGUUAGUUACGUAGAUCAUUGUUUUAAUCGAACAUUAAUGCAGGCAAAUGCUGAUAACAUCAAACGCGUCAAAGAAAAAUUACUCAACAUUGAAACAAGUCAGAUUGCAGACUUUGAACGAGCUUUGAUUGAAGCCUUUGAAUUAUUUAAAAGUGAAGAGAAGAAAAGAAAUAUAAGUUUAUGUAAUAAGGCCAUUAUGUUGGUCACAGAUGGUGCCACAGAAAACUAUGAAUGGAUUUUCCAGAAAUAUAAUUGGCCUUCAAAAACGGUGAGAGUUUUUACAUAUUUAAUAGGAAGAGAAGUAUCAGACGUUCGGCAAGUUAAAUGGAUGGCAUGCGCUAAUAAAGGUCAUUUUACACAUAUAUCAACAAGAGCAGAUGUUCAAGAUAAUGUUCAGCAAUACGUGAAGAUUCUAAGUCGUCCAAUGGUACAGGAGAAAUAUCAUCAAAUGAUUUGGACACCUGUUUAUCUAGACUAUCCAACAGAACAAGUUGAAAAUGAGGGACUCGGUCUGAUGACAUCAGUUUCUAUUCCAGUUUUUGAUGGAAGGGAAAAUGUGGGUCCUGAUGAAGAACCACCAAAUACUAAUUUAUUAGGUGUAAUAGGAACAGAUUUACCUAUAGAUGUACUUAAAAGAUUUAUACCAGUGUCAAAGCUUGGAGUUAACGGUUAUGCCUUUGGAACUACAAACAAUGGAUACAUUCUUUUUCAUCCUUAUUUCCGACCAUUUUAUGAUCGUGAGAAAGAGGAUGACAAUAAUCUGUAUAUAUAUCAACUAGAUACAGUACAAGAUAACGUAGAAACAGAAACAGAACCACGACCCAACUAUAAUAGUGUAGAUCUAUCUAAAGUAGAAAUCUCUCUCGAUCCUGUCAAAUUUGUACAGCUUCGUAAUGCCAUGAGAGAUCCUUCAACAGGAAGUGUAGCUAUGAAUGUUACAGCUUAUGUGGAUAAAAUGAAAAGGGCUGACACUAGAGUUAAUCAUUAUUAUUAUAAUUCUAUAUUAGAUACAUUUAGUUUAGCUUUUGUUGUACCAAAAGGGUAUGGAGAGUAUAUGUUAAAGCCUCGAGACCCAAUAGUACCUUCAGAUCAUGAAUAUUUAAGGAGUCCAUCAGUACAUGUAGCGUCAUGGAUUCAUUGUAAAAAUCUUAAUGGAGGUUUAGAAGCAGUAAAUAAGAAUUUUAUUAUAGACUAUGUUGGUCAAGGACAGUAUAAUUCUUUGGUUUGUGACACAGAUGAAAUUGUUCACUUAGUACUAGAUGCUAAAACUACGCAAAACUAUGAGAAGAUUUGGAAUGGGGAAUUGUCAAUAGAAGAAAAAGCUAGAGCUUAUUCAUAUUAUUCAGUGAAACGUGAAUAUGAAUCAGAAUGUUAUGCAAUAAAAAAUGCAGCAAGAAAACUGAAAUGUUUUAAGAACAUUCAUUUAAAAUAUGGUGUGGAGUUAGUAUUUGUUGGAACCAGUUCAGGUUUAACAAGAUUUGGUGUAAUAGCUGAUGAACUGACAAAUCCAGAUUUUCUAGGUGUAAACUCAGAGACUAUAAAUAAUUUAUAUUAUCAGAGAGCUGUAUUAGGCUGGCAAGCUGGAUACAAUUAUGUUUUUUCUUUAUACAAUAAAGAUGGUUUAAGAAGUUUUGAUAAAGCUGCCGUUACCAUGUCAACUGCAGAAAUCGUUAAUAGAGGAAAGGAAGAUGAAGUAGUUGCAGCUGCUGUGGGAUUUCAGAUGCGAUUUAGUAAUUUCUUCCAACUUUUUAAAAAUAUCACAGAACAAUGCACAGGGAAAGACUGUAAUUUCACUUGUGCUCAUUCUGAUUAUCUGAACUGUUAUUUGGUAGACAAUAAUGCCUAUAUAAUGACAUCAAAUAAUAAUGCAACUGGUGAAUUUUUAGGCGCAGUUGAUGGAGCAUUAAUGAAAGUUUUGAUAGAAGAAAAUAUUUAUGAAGAAAUAACAUUUAAAGAUUAUCAGGGUGUAUGUAAAAUAUAUAGUAGUGAAGGUGGUAGUUCAGCAUCUUAUAUUAUAAAUCCUUUAAAAACAGUAUUUAAUAGCAUUACAUGGUUUUUAGCUGAAGUAUUUUUGUUUAUUACCCAGUUUAAUGUGUAUAAUUGGUUCAGUAGGGAUUACUGGACGUCAGGAUAUUUAAUAGACAUGAUGACGGGAGAGAGAAUAAUUCAUAGAUCUGUCAUUGGUUACGAGGCUUGUGACAAAAUGGUGACAACAUAUGCACUUAAUCUUAAAACGCUUCAGAACAGGAAACGAAAAGGAAUUGUGGAUUCUAUAACAGGCUGUGGAAAAUGUGGAGAAUACUCAGGGUCAUACAUGGUACGAUGGAUUAAUGAUACCAAUCUAAUUAUGAUAAUAGCAGCUGCUAAUUGCAGCUGUGGAGAAGAAGAAGAAUUUUCCAUAGAACCACAAAAAAUAGUUUAUAAUGAAACUGCAAUGUGUAAAAGGUUGUGGAACUUACAGCAGCCACCAAAAUAUCCCAAGUGCUACGAUUCUGAAUUAGAGAAAGACGAUAAUUGUAGAGGAAAUACUUUUAGUAUCUCAAUUAGCUUAGUUCUUCUUGUUUUAUUUUUAUCAGUAAAAUCUGUUUUAACAUAGCAUUAUACUAGUUCAGUUAAAAUUAAUUAAAAUAUAUGUCAUUUGAACUUCAAUAAUAAUAAACUUAAAAAAAUUAUUCUGUAUGCAUACAGUACGGCCCUCCCUGUAGUAUUUUCCCAAAAAAAUCAGGGCCCGGUUUCUCGACAUCUUAACUAAAGAUAAAAUGCAAAUUUUAGUAGAUACUUCAAUUUUGAUUGGCUAAGCACUAAAAUCUUUCUAAUAUUAUCCAAUCAAAUUACUAAAAUUUGGAUUUUAUCUUCGUUAAAAUUUCGUGAAACAGGCCCCUGGCACUGCAUUUUUCACCUUUUGAAAAGAGCUCUUUGUACAUAUAUAUGGAAUAAGAUAAUAAAUACCAAUUUUUUGGAGGGAUGGAAACUGUAAUUCAUAACAUUAUUGUAUUCUCAUUGACAUGUAUUCCUUAGGAGCAGAUUGGAAGGAUCUGCAAUUGUGUGCCUUUUGUUUGAAACCUUCCAUGUACAGAGAUUUUUUUUCUUCAGAAUCUUGUUAUCUUGCACAUAUAGAAAAUAUUGAAAACAGAUUAGUAAUGUUUACAUUUUUUGUACAGUGCAUGUAGUUUGAAUUCUGCUGAACUUAUUUAUUACCAGUGAGUUAAUUGGAAAUUAAUAAUAAGAGAGUUGAAGAUUUAAUGCAUGAAAAGUUGGGGAUGAUUUGGAAAAUCCAAAAUCUAGUCUGGUUUGAUUAUUGGUAGCCAUUUUUGUAAUGCAAAUGAAAAUUAAAAUGUUAUGUGAGUUUCAAAUCUUUUUUGAAACCUAAAAAACAGCCAUUAUUUAUUCAGAUCAUUAUACUUCAUUAGUGCGUAUGAUUUGUAUUAACUCUCAGAAAGAAUAAUUGUAUCUUCAUGAUUAAAUCCCCAUGUUGAGAUAGAUCUGGUCCCCAACUUCACAAAUUUUGCUACUCUUUCAAUUUUCUAGGCAUUUCAGUAACCUUGAAGCUGACAGAAUUUUUUAAAUAUAAAUGAUUUUAUGCAAAGUGAGCACAAUGUUUAGACAGACGACUUUUAAUGGAAUAUAUUAUUAUGAUAUAUUCCAUUAUAUUUAUAUUAUGUUAAAAUUUGCACGCAAAAGUGUUUCGCAAGUAGUUACUCACAUCUCACGGCAAGCCCAGGAAAUUCUAUAAUUUAAUUGUUUUUAAGUAUGUUAACCUCUACUUUUCAUAAUAAAUUUGUAAUUUUGUUGCUUUUAAGUGGGAGUUUGGUUUGACAAGUACUAUACAAUUAAAUUAUGGUUUUGAAAUACAAGCGGAAGUUGGUUAGUUUAUCUAUUGAUUUUACUAAUUUUUGGCUUAAAAUGUUGAUUCUGGUUAGUUUAUCUAUUGAUUUUACUCAUUUUUGGCUUAAAAUGUUGAUUCUUGAAAACAAAAUCAGUUAUAUCUCAACAUUGGCUUGCCCAGUAGACAGAUACCAAUUUUGCAAAACAUGAAGACAUAAUAUUUAAAUAAGCCAACACUUUUAAUUUUUACCCAAAUCAACAAGGUCUACGAUAAUCAUUUUACACAAUAGGGUACGUUUAUGUAGUAAAAUUUGAAAAGGAUGUGUAACUUUCACGUUGUUGUUUGUAAAUAUUUUUGAUAUAAAUGUAGUAAGAAAAACAGUUUGUACCAUUUUAUAUAAAAAGAAAUAUAAUAAAAUUAUCAUCAUUGUGUUAAAAUAUGUUUAUUGAUCAUUUUUAUCAUUAUAAACAUUAUAAUAUAUAAAUUGUUUUUAAUUUUAUUUAUUGUAUGUAUACUUUUAAUAUAGAAUGUAAUAUAUACAUAACAAUAUGUAUAUUGUGGAUAUGUACAUAAAGAAAUAUAAUGUGAGUUUGAUUAAAGUUUUUAUAUAUCAUAUUAGCAAUACAAUUAGACUGAAGGGCAUGAAAGAUAAGUUCAGCUUCAUAAGAUUUUUAAAAAAAAAAACAACAACCCCAAAAUGAACUAAAAAAUAGCUAAAACAUGGUCAGAUUUGUUUAAAAUGUUAACACAGCAUUUUCAACAGCUACAAAAGGCAUGGAUUGAUUAUUGACUUUCGACUAUCUACUUUAUAUCAUUCAUACUGCCAUGUUUUCUUUAGCUUUGCAAAUGAAACUUGUGUGAUGAUGUAUGAACUACAAUUCAUAUCAGUGAUGAAAUGCAUGAACAUUAUGUGAAUAGUAUGUCUAAAAUUUACAGGGAGCAGAAACCAAUUUCUUUUUUCAUGAUAAAAUAUAUAAAAAAUUAAAAUAUUGGAAAUAUAAAAUGUGAUUUUUGAUAUACCCAUUGGUUGACUCUGCCUAUAAAAAUAUAAGCGCCUUGCAGUUUACACACAAUCUCCAUAAUUUGAUUUACAAAGCUUCUGAAAUGGUAUUCAAUUCAUUUAUUGUAAAAUUGUUGAUUAAAUCAUUGAAGAAAAAUAUUUCAUAUAUUCAAUCAGGGAUUUCAUGUGUUUAGUUUUUAUGCCAAGUUUAGCAAUUUAUAAACCACUGGCAUGUAAAUGGGACCUCAUCCCUGCUGAUGUCAAAUUAUCAGGCCGAUAUUGGAUGGGAUAGAAAAAAACUAUUGUGGCUAUGCAUAAAAAAAAAAUGUUUGGAAUUCUACCCCAAAUGCCAGCAAAGCAUUAAUUGUUUUUAAUUUCUAAAAAAAAAACUAUCAGGUAUGUAUAGAUAAGCUUUUAGAAAUGUAAUCAUUAACAUUAAUGAAAUUUAAUUAACAUUCCAAAAU